AUGGCAAAUCCAAAACAACAAAGAAAACAGAGAGCUUUGGGUUCAUCCUUAGAGAUGGCUCAAUAUUUGGGUGCAGGUACAAAUAAGAUCAAGAAGAGAAUUAGAGAUAUUGAAAGACUUCUUGUAAAAAAGAAAGAUAUCUUACCGGAUACUGUCAUACUUGAAAAGGAAAGAACAUUGGAGGCCUUAAAAUUGGAAUUAAAUGGUGCUGAGUUGAAUCAAAAAGCGAAAAAAUAUUCCUCUAAAUAUCAUAUGGUUAGAUUCUUUGAAAGAAAGAAGGCCCUCAAGAAAUAUAAUCAAUGUUUAAGAAAGAUUGAAUUAAUACCGGAUGAUGAAAGAGAGGCAUACAACAAAAGAUUAUUAGGUAGAAAAAUCGAUGUCUGUUAUGCCGUUAACUUCCCAAAGACUCAAAAAUAUAUAUCAUUAUACCCUUCAAUGGAUACACCAGAAUCUGAGGACUCCAAAUCUUUCAAACAAAGAAAGAUAAUUCGUGAUCUUAUUGCCAAACAACUAGAAGAAGGGAAGUUGCCUGUCUCUUUUGAAGACAUAUUGAAGGGUAAAACCCUUGACAAGAACACACAUGGUGUUACUGUGGAGGACGAUAAUAACCAACAAUCUACAGGUAAAAAUGUGAAGAAUGGAAAAUCAAGAAACGAAGAAAACGCAGAACAAGAAGAACAAGAGCAAGAAGAAGAAGACGAUUUCUUCGAAUAA